AGACUUCAUGCGCGACAAUUUCAUUGAAAUGGAACCCUCUGAAGGUGGCCCCGAUUGUAAGUCUCGCAUUUUCACCUAUGGCGAAAUUGAAUUGAACUACUGUCCCAAAGUGUACUACAAAAAAUUACUACAGACCCAUGGUGAUGUUACACACAUUCAAUAUGCACUUUUGAAAAAUAGCUAUCCUGUGGGUUUGAAUAUGGAAGCUGCUCCGGGUUUUGGUAAUGCCAUGGGUGAGGCUAUCAUCUUAUCGGUGUCAACACCGAAACAUUUACAACAAAAUUUGGGACUAUUGACAAAUGUCGAUUAUGAUGAUAUUUUAAAUCUGAAUCGUUUAUAUCGAAUGGCAGUCCACACGAUCCUGACCAUACCCAUGUAUUUUGUUCACGAGAAAUUGUGGAUUGAUAUGAUCGAUAAUAGAAUUUCGCCCGAACAAUAUAAUUGCCACUAUUGGAAUUUAAUGGCCAAGUAUAUGGGUGUGGGACCCACCAUCAAGACUGCGGAGGGUGCCUAUGAUAUGCCCUAUAAAUUCUAUGAAGGAAUUGUGGACCAAACAAGAAGUACCAGAAAACUUUUUGGUGAAUUUUUGGGUUAUCAAAUUUAUCGCGCCGUCUGUAUGGAAAUUGGUGAAUUCCAGCGUGGUAAUGCCUAUAAAGUUCUAAACAAUUGCGAUUUUGCCAAUAACAAACAAGCUGGUAACCUCUUAAAACAAAUGAUGUCGGCCGGCUCAACAAAAUCCUGGCGUAAAAUCAUUAAACCUUUGACCGUACGAAAUAUUGAAAAGAUUUCGGCCGUUGCCUUCUUGGAAUACUUUGAACCCCUCAACACUUGGGUAACCGAACAUAAUAUUGAGCAAAAUAUUCAUGUGGGCUGGAAAUAUGAUGAUAGUAUGACCUUGAUAUCCGGACUUUAG